AUGGAAAAUGAAGAAGAUAAAGAUAUGGUUAUGUUGCAUUUAGUCAGAAGAAACAACAAAAGCUUUUACGACCUUGCUAAGAUUUACAAAUCUGACAGAAAUUGGUUCUAUCGCGAAAACUUACCGAUUUCAAUGACCCCAAAUGAAGAUGUGAAACAAAUAGUUCAAGAUACGUUACCUCAAACACACUAUGAUAUGAAAGGUUGUACAAUACUUACCUUCAAAGAAGACUUACCGCUACUGAAAGAAAAAAUAACAGAGUAUUUUGACAACUUCAAACAAGCAGAGUAA